AAAUCUAUAUUCGAUAAACGAUUAAAUAUAUCAUAUGUUCAUGUUAAGAUAAGUCAUUCGGAACAGUUACGCCUACAUCUCCCAAAAUCCAGAAAAGUCCGAAACCCAUAAAUCCAGUUCCUCAGUCUUCCAUCUCCCUGUGGGCGCACACAAAUCCGGAAUACCCACCAAAAAUUUCCCCCCAGUUUCCUCUAUGGCCAAGUCUCCCCCAACCCCAGUUCUAUAUAUUGAUCUUUGCUUCAAUUUCAGAUGUAGCAGCUUAUCGGAAUCGGGGUUUGAUUCUUCUGAAGCUUCUUCGUUCUUUAAUGGCGGUGUCGAAAGGGAAAUACAUCAAGUUUCAGGCCCGGAAAUGGUCCACAUUCAAGCUUUCCAAGAUAAUCAUGGUCUUCCUUUUGGCACUUGGGGUUUCCAUGCUCAUCGCUUUCCGAUUCUUCUCUCCUCCUGAAAGUUCUCAUAGCGAGCUACUCCACCGUCUCGCUUCCGUCCAGCAUAGAGCCGUUCAUAGUGAUGGGUUGGGGAAGAGAGGGGAUCAGUGGGUUGAGUUCAUUUCAUGGGAGCCUAGGGCUUUUGUUUAUCACAAUUUCUUGGUAAGUUCUCAGAAUUUUGGAUUUCUUUUGGCUUUUUGUUUGGGUUUUGUCAUGUUUUUGGUUGAAAUGCUUGCUGAUAUGAAUGAUUUUGGACAGUCCAAGGAAGAAUGCUUGUAUUUGAUUAGUCUUGCAAAACCUCACAUGGCUAAAUCAACUGUGGUGGAUAAUAAAACUGGGAAGAGUAUAGAUAGCAGGGUGCGCACCAGUUCAGGGAUGUUUCUGAGAAGAGGGCAGAACAAAAUUGUCAGCAACAUAGAGAAAAGAAUAGCAGAUUUUACAUUCAUUCCUGUAGAGCAUGGAGAAGCACUUCAAAUUCUGCACUAUGAAGUCGGGCAGAAGUAUGAUGCUCACCAUGAUUACUUUGCAGAUGAGUUCAACAUCAAACAAGGAGGCCAAAGAAUGGCCACCCUUCUCAUGUAUCUGUCAGACGUCGAAGAAGGGGGCGAGACGGUGUUCCCAGCAGCCGAAGGCAACUUCAGCUCGUUGCCUGGGUGGAAUGAACUGUCUGAAUGUGGUAAAGGUGGACUCUCUGUAAAACCAAAGAUGGGUGAUGCAUUAUUGUUCUGGAGCAUGAGGCCUGAUAAUACCGUAGAUCCUACAAGUUUGCAUGGUGCUUGCCCUGUCAUAAGAGGGAACAAAUGGUCAUGUACAAAGUGGAUGCGUGUUAAUGAAUACUAAUUCAAAGGGUGGAAUGAAGGUAUACAUUUGUUAGGGGAGAAGAGAAGAAGACUUGAUUCUUAUGUUUCAAUAUUUUUUGUUCUUAGUUCAUUAUUCACCUUUCUUAAAAAUUACAUUUUUUCUUUUUUGAGGAAUUACAUAUUUGGUUGUAUAGUUACUUAUACUCAAAACAGUUUUUAGUGUACUUGUUCCAAGCCUUGCUUGAUUUUGUUU